GCACUGGAGUUGCUCUUGAGUCUCUUCGCUUCCCCUUUCUCCAACUUCUAGGGCUUUCGGAAGCCAAAAGGAAUCCGCGCCAUAUCCUCAGUAUAUAGAAGAAGAAGAUCAUGCCCGGGCCCACCUUGGAGAUGGAACCAGUGGAGCCACAGUCGCUGAAGAAGCUCAGUCUCAAAUCCCUCAAACGAUCCCUCGAUCUCUUCUCCCCCGCCCAUGGCGAACUCCCCCCUCCCGACCCCGAGAGUAAAAGAAUUCGCAUGAGUCACAAGAUAAGCAUGGAAUAUGGAGGAAUUCAACCCACACCUAGCCAAAAACCACCUCGCCGGGCUGAGUCUGUUGCACCGGUAACUGGUUCUGAAGGGCCUUCCAAUGCCCUUGCCCUUACAGAUUCUAAGGAUGCGCAGACGAGAGGAGCUCAAAAUUCUUUGGUUGUCGGUCCUUCUGCACCAAGGGCACUGAAUACUGUUGGUAUUUCGGGUAAAGGCACUUUAGCUGUUUCUGCUCCAGGGUCAUCUGAAAGGUUUUCAACAUCGGCCAUGAUGGAAAGGAUUUCCAGCAGAUGGCCACGUCCUGAUUGGCAUGCUCCUUGGAAAAUCUACAGAGUCAUUAGCGGCCACUUGGGAUGGGUACGAGCUAUUGCCUUUGAUCCAAGUAAUAAAUGGUUCUGCACUGGCUCAGCAGACCGUACUAUCAAGAUUUGGGAUGUUGCAACUGGAACUCUACAACUGACAGUGACAGGACACAUCGAGCAAAUAAGAGGCCUUGCGGUUAGCAGCAGGCAUACCUAUAUGUUCUCUGCUGGAGAUGACAAACUAGUUAAAUGCUGGGAUCUUGAACAGAAUAAGGUUAUCCGUUCAUAUCAUGGUCAUCUAAGUGGUGUUUACUGCUUGGCUCUUCAUCCCACUCUUGAUGUUUUACUUACCGGGGGACGUGAUUCUGUGUGCCGGGUUUGGGAUAUUCGAAGCAAGAUGCAAGUUCAUGCGUUGUCAGGCAUGACAACACAGUUUGUUCCGUUUUUUACUCGACCAACAGAUCCACAAGUUGUUACUGGCUCUCACGACACAACCAUCAAGUUCUGGGACCUUAGAUAUGGAAAAACAAUGUCAACUCUGACGCACCAUAAAAAGUCUGUGCGUGCAAUGGCCCAGCAUCCUAGAGUAAGUGCCAAUUCAUGUACUUUUAUAGCCAAGGGAGGAAAGCGAACUUACCUGACUGACCAAAAUCACAGGCUCAGUAGCAUACAUGAUCGCCAACCAGGAUUCAGAAGGAUUCGUGUCAUCGACAUGAUUGUGGUGAAAUGGCCUCAGCAUCCGAGUCAAGCUCCCACCAUCUGCCAGUAUCAUCCUUCGCAAAUUUUCAUUCACAUGCACGCACGCGCGCAAAAACACACCAACAAAAACUUUGAUUUCCUCGUCCUCACUCGCAGCAUCAACCUCACCAUUCCAGUUAUGCAAACUUUGUUCUUCCUCUGGCUU